CCCUGUAUUAACCAUUAACCUAUCAUUUGAAAACAUUCAUGCCGUAAUAUAAAUAACCUUAAUAAAAUCUGUAUAAUUAAUCUUUUUUUAUAAUAUUAUAAUGCCGAAAGAGCAAUAUCGAAACACCGAUGUAGCUCGAAAAAUAUCUAGAAUUACAUUUGGAGUUGAGAGCCCCCAAUCCAUGCAACAGAAUGCACAUUUACAAGUAGUGGCAAAAAAUCUUUACAAUCAAGAUGGGCAACGUACCCCAGUUCCGUAUGGAGUACUUGAUAGGCGAAUGGGAACCAGUCAAAAAGAUGCAAAAUGUCAAACAUGUGAUAAAGAUUUGAAAGAAUGUAUCGGACACUUUGGGUAUAUCGAUUUGGAAUUACCAGUAUUCCAUGUCGGAUACUUUGGAAGUAUAUUAACCAUCCUUCAAACAAUAUGCAAAAAAUGCUCACAUGUACUUCUCAAACCAGAAGAAAAGGUAGCACUACGUUUGAAAAUCGAAAAUCCAGAUUUAUCAUAUAUUUUAAAAAAAGUACUACGAAAGAAAAUUUUAAUGAAAGCGAAAAAAACAAAUACAUGCCCGAAUUGUAAAGAAACAAAUGGUGUUGUAAAAAAAGUUACUGCUUCAAUGAAAGUGGGUGUUAGCGGUGGUUCAGUACUUAAAAUUGUACAUGAAAAAUUUCGUAGUAAAAAAGACAACGUUAUUAAACAACAACUAGACGAGUUUAAUUUAGCAGUUGAUUUAAAUUCGGAAUUAAAGAAUGCUUUAUCAACAGGAUUAAUGCAUAUUCUAACUCCAGUUGAGGUGUUAAAAUUAUUUGAGUUAAUACCAAGCUCCGACAUUCCAUUGUUACUUAUGGAUACAACUAGAGCUCAUCCAAAAGAUUUAAUAUUAACACGUAUGGUGGUUCCACCCGCUUGUAUCCGACCAUCGGUCGUUACACCUCUUAAAGCUGGAACAAAUGAAGAUGAUUUAACAAUGAAACAAUCUGAAAUAGUCUUUAUAAAUGAUGUUAUUCGAAAGCAUAAACUAUCUGGUGCUUCGAUUACCAUGUUCCAAGAAGGUUGGGAUUUCUUACAAUUGCAAACAGCCUUGUACAUUAACAGUGAAUUAUCUGGUAUUCCACAAGCAAUGAUGCCAAAAAAACCAGGUCGUGGUCUAGUACAACGUUUAAAAGGAAAACAAGGUCGUUUUCGUGGAAAUUUAUCUGGAAAGCGUGUUGAUUUUUCAGCACGUACUGUUAUAUCACCAGACCCAAAUUUAGAAAUCGAUCAAGUUGGUGUUCCGGUUCAUGUUGCGAAAAUUUUAACAUUUCCUGAACGUAUUAAUAAAUCAAAUUUAGCUUUAAUGAAAGAACUUGUUAUCAAUGGACCUAAUGUUUGGCCUGGAGCUAACUAUGUACAACAGAAAAAUUCACCGUUUAAAAAAUUUUUGAAAUAUGGUGACCGUAACCGUUUAGCACAAGAACUGAAGCUUGGCGAUAUGGUUGAACGGCAUUUACGCGAUAAAGACGUUGUUUUGUUUAAUCGACAACCAAGCUUACAUAAGUUAUCUAUAAUGGCCCAUCACGUUAAAGUUCAUCAACAUCGAACGUUCCGUUUUAAUGAAAGUGUUUGCAAUCCUUAUAAUGCAGAUUUCGAUGGUGACGAAAUGAAUUUACAUUUACCCCAAACUGAAGAAGCCAAAGCUGAAGCUCUAAUAUUAAUGGGGAACAAAUCUAAUUUAGUGACACCGCGGAAUGGAGAACUUUUAAUCGCUCCAACUCAAGAUUUUUUAACAGGAUCUUAUCUUCUAACUAAAAAAGACAAUUUUUUAACACAUAUGCAAGCAUGUCAACUGGCAGCAACGUUAUUAGCUGGAGCUGAUACACAUCAACAUAUUGAUCUUCCUCCACCUUGUAUUCGAAAGCCUAGAGUAAUGUGGACUGGUAAACAGAUAUUUAGCCUUAUAUUUCGACCAAAUAAUAAGUGUCCCGUUAAAGCAAAUCUUUUUUCUAAGGGAAAAUCUUAUACAAAAAAUCAAGAAUUUUGUGUUAAAGAUGGUUUUGUUUUAAUUCGAAAUUCGGAAUUACUCGCUGGGACUGUAGAUAAAAGCCAUUUAGGUUCAGGUGGUAAAGGUGGAAAUAUUUUUUAUAUUAUUUUACGUGAUUUUGGACAAGAAUAUGCAAUUAAAUCUAUGUGGCGAUGCGGUCGUCUUGCGUCAGCUUAUCUUAUGAACAAUGGCUUUAGUAUCGGUAUCGUGGAUGUUACUCCAAGUGUAAUUCUAGAAAGAGAUAAAAGCAUGCUCGUAGAACAAGGGUAUGCAAAAUGUGAUGAAAUGAUUCGAGAAUUACAAGAAAAUAAAUUACAAUGUCAACCUGGAUGUACUCCCGAGAUGACUCUAGAAAAUCAAAUAUUAAGUGAAUUAUCUGUAAUUCGUGAUCGUGCUGGUCAAGCUUGUAUUAAUCAACUCGAUCCAACAAAUGGACCAUUGAUUAUGGCGUUAAGUGGAUCAAAAGGAUCUGUUAUUAAUAUUUCACAAAUGAUUGCCUGUGUGGGACAACAAGCCUUGAAUGGAAAACGUGUACCAAAUGGUUUUGAAGAUAGAUCCUUACCACAUUUUCAUCGUCAUUCAAAAACUCCAGCUGCUAAAGGAUUCGUACGUAAUAGUUUUUAUUCUGGAUUAACAAUGACUGAAUUUUUCUUCCAUACAAUGGGUGGUCGAGAAGGUUUAGUAGAUACUGCUGUAAAAACUGCAGAAACGGGAUACAUGCAACGGCGAUUAGUUAAAUCUCUAGAAGAUUUGGUAGUUCAUUAUGAUAAAACAGUACGAAAUGCAGAAGGUGAUAUUGUACAAUUUGCAUAUGGUUGUGAUGGAUUAGAUCCAACUUACAUGGAAGGAAAUGAUUGCCCGGUAGAUUUUUCCCGAGUAUUAGAUCAUGUUAAAGCUUGUUAUUCUUACCGUAAUGAAAAACCUUUACUUGGUGUUCGUGUUAAAAAACUAGCUGAUUAUAUGCUGGGCCCUUUUAAUGAAGAAGAUGAUGCAUCUUCAACAAAACAAAAACGCGAGUGGAUCAGUAGAGUGGAUGGCAAAAAAUCAACAGUUGUUCAAAAACCUGAAGUAAAAGUAAAGAAAAGUGUGGAAGAUAUCCCAAAAGAUUUAUCAAAAACAUUAUCAAAAAGUGAUAAAACAAAAAUUAAAGAGGCGAAAGAAACUAUUAGUGAAUGUGUUCAUGAUUUUAGGAAACAGUUACGUUACUUUAUGUAUCAAGUAGCAGAUAAAAUUGAUAAUGUUGAAGAUAAAUACCAAAGUACUAAUGUAACUGCAAAAGAAAUUGAAAGACUUACUUUAGGUCAAUUAAUUGAAUUUUUAAAAAUAUGCAGUUUGAAGUAUAUUCAUUCAAUGGUUGAGCCAGGGACAGCUGUUGGAGCAUUAGCUGCUCAAAGUAUUGGAGAACCAGGAACUCAAAUGACAUUAAAAACUUUUCACUUUGCUGGUGUUGCUGCUAUGAAUAUUACUCAAGGUGUACCACGUAUUAAAGAAAUUAUGAAUGCUAGUCAAAAAAUAAUGACUCCUAUCAUCAUAGCGGAACUUCAAGAUCCUUACGAUCAGGAAUUUGCUCGACGUGUUAAGGGUCGUUUAGAAAAAACUACUGUAGGGGAGGUUUCGUCAUACAUUGAAGAAGUUUACACACCCAGUGAGUGUUUCUUAAUUAUUAAAUUGGAUUUGGACAGAAUACGUUUAUUAAAAUUAGAAGUCAAUGCUGAUUCGAUCCGUUACAGUUUAUGCACGUCCAAAUUAAAAUUAAAACCAUCGCAAGUAGAAGUAAAAAGUGAAUCAAUUAUUAUAGUUUAUCCAAACUGUGCAAAAGGAACCAGUAAAUUGAAUUUUGCUUUGUUAUCAUUAAAAAUAGCCAUUCCACAAGUAAUUAUCAAAGGUGUAAAAAGUAUAAAUCGUGCUGUAAUCGAGCAUACAAAAGUUGAUGGGAAACCAGGAUAUCGUUUAGUGGUUGAAGGUGAUAAUUUACGAGAAGUGAUGGCAACAUAUGGUGUAAAAGGAACGCAUACUACAUCAAAUAACACGUUUGAAGUAUAUACAACUUUAGGAAUUGAAGCUGCACGUAUUACUAUCAUGAAUGAAAUCGAUAGUGUUAUGAAGGGUCAUGGUAUGAGUGUCGAUUAUCGUCAUAUCAUGUUGUUGGCAGCACAAAUGACUCAUACGGGUGAAGUUUGUGGAAUUACUCGACACGGACUUGCAAAAAUGAAACAAUCUGUUUUAAAUUUAGCUUCGUUCGAAAAAACAGCUGACCAUUUAUUCGAUGCAGCAUAUUACGGACAAGCAGACAAAAUUAAUGGUGUAUCGGAAAGUAUUAUUGCGGGUCAACCAGCACCUAUUGGUACAGGAAUUUUUGGUUUAUUACAUAAACCACAAAAUGUAGAAACGCCAUCAGAUGUUCGACUUUUAUUUGAUGAUGCUUUGAGCAGUGAUCUUACAACCGAAGAUCAAAGUCUCUAAAA